UAAUCACGGUGAUGAAGAGAUUGCCGUCCCCUGUAAUUUCAAACACAAAAACUUGUCACUAUCCAGGAAACUUAAAAUUUUUUUUUAGUGUUUUCUAUUUACAUGUUGAAAAUUAAUUAGGAGCCCUUUUGUAUGUCCUUAUUUAAAGUAUUUGUAGCUUUCAAAACAACUACAACUAAAGAUAAAUUGAAUAGAUUUCUUUUUUUAAGGAAAAAAAUAUUUUUAGAACGAGGGAGUAAUAGCUUAGUGCCUCCAAUUGUGUUGUUGAUAACACUCUGAACAAUCGUGACACGCCACAAAAUAAGUCAAAUAACAGCACGAAUCAGAGGCAAGAUUACCAGCUUAAAAAAAUAAACAAAUAAUAUCAGAAUAGAACAGCAUAACUUCCAAAAUAACAGCAAUUUUGCCUCUUAAAUAUGCCCCGUUCUGUCUUGUUCUUCAAGAAAAAAAUUAUUGUCACCAUUUGUUUUACAUCACUUAUUUCAAUUCCACACAACAAAUUCACAUCAUAACCUCUUUUCUAUUUGCAUAGUUAAUGACCAAACAUCCUUUCUCAUCAAAAUUUUUGUGAUACAAUGGCCAUUGAAGAACCUGAGCCUAAUUCCAACUCCGACCCCAUAUCAGAGUGGCUAGCUAGUACUUUAUCCGAUGUUCCAUCCUUCUUCCAUGAACCUUACAGUUAUGCCGAUGACUUAAAUUUCUACGCGGACCCAUGGUGGGUUCCUGAUCAAGAGGAUCAGAUCGUUAAUCACAACAUCAUCAUCGACAAUACUUGUAACUCAUUCAACAUUAGCUCCCCAGUCAACACAGCUAUUAACAAUAUCCCUUUGGAGCCCAUCAUUUUGGAUCAUCCACAGCCGGUGGAUCUGUCUAAGAAAAGGAAAAAAUCUGAUCAAAAUCCAAAGGCGUCAAAGAAGAAUCAUAAACUUCAGAUUAAUGAGGCAGCACAUGCUCCUACUAUAGUUGAUCAAGAAGGAGUGCAAUUAAAAAAAUCAAUAGGACCGAAGAGAGUAACAACAGGAAAUAACAGUAACAACAAAGAAGGAAGAUGGGCAGAACAUUUGCUCAACCCCUGUGCUGCUGCAAUCACUGUAGGUAACAUGAACCGCGUGCAACAUCUGUUGUACGUUCUCCAUGAACUGGCGUCAUUCACAGGCGAUGCCAACCACAGGCUAGCUGCUCAUGGACUCCGCGCCUUGACACAUCAUCUGUCUUCCCCUGGCUCAUCAUCAGCAUCCUCUGGAACUAUUGGAGUUACUAAUUUCUCUUCUGCCAAUCAUAAAUUCUUCAGGGACUCGUUGAUUAAUUUCAUCGACGUUAGUCCCUGGUUCCGAAUCCCCAAUAACAUUGCGAAUUCAUCUGUUCUCCAAAUAAUUGGACAACAGGAUCGGCUAAAGAACCUUCAUAUCCUUGAUAUUGGAGUUUCUCAUGGUUUUCAAUGGCCAACUCUUCUUGAAGAAUUGACUAGGCGGUCAGGUGGACCGCCGCCACUGGUUCGCCUGACCGUUAUUACACCAACCACAGAAAACGGAGAAUUGACAGGAACUCCAUUUGUGAUCGGGCCACCUGGCUAUGAUUUUUCCUCGCAACUACUAGCCUAUGCAAAGGCUAUCAACAUCAAUCUACAGAUCAACAGACUGGAUAAUUUUCCUCUUCAAAACCUCAAUUCCCAAAUCAUAAAUUCUUCAUCUGAUGAAACCUUAGUCAUCUGUGCUCAAUUUAGACUGCAUAACUUGAAUCAUACUAUCCCGGAUGAUCGAACAGAUUUAUUGAAGAUAUUGAAGAGUUUGGACCCGAAAGGAUUAGUUCUCAGCGAGAAUAACACGGAGUGCAGCUGCAACAGCUGUGGGGACUUUGCGACCACGUUCUCAAGGAGAGUGGAGUACUUAUGGAGGUUUUUGGAUUCCACGAGUGUUGCCUACAAAGGGCGGGAGAGCGAAGAAAGGAGGAUGAUGGAAGGAGAAGCAGCAAAGGCAUUGACGAACAUGGGAGAAAUGAAUGAAAGAAAAGAGAAAUGGUGUGAGAGAAUGAGGAGCGCUGGUUUUGUAAAAGCGGUGUUUGGUGAAGAUGCCAUUGACGGAGCUCGGGCUUUGCUGAGGAAGUAUGACAGCAAUUGGGAGAUAAGGGUGGAGGAGAAAGAUGGCUGUGUGGAUCUAUGGUGGAAAGGACAGCCAAUUUCAUUCUGCUCAUUAUGGAAGAUUUAGCUAUUUUGAGUCAAAUCUUUCUUUCUUACUACCACAUUAGACGUGUUUUCAUAAGUGAAUUUGUAAAGGCAAAAAGUCAAAAAUUAAGCUGAAUUGCGUUCAGGUUGAUGCUAUUCAUCAAACGUACAUACAUUAAUCAACUUGAUUUAUAUCA